GUCCUCGCAUGCUGUCCGACACUCCUUUCACAAUGUUCAUGCUUCACCGUUCUGUCAUUGUCGGUCAGUCAUGCGGGAUGUGGCUGAUGCCUGGGGAAGGGUCUGUUAACUUCUAAUUUUGUUUUCAAAAUAUGGGGGAAAUGUGUAAUAUUAAUAUAUGGGAAACCCUUGAAAAGGAUUAACUUACUAGAUAUUGAACUAAUCAUUGGCAUGACAAUGUAUGUACAGUGAGCGAGUUGUAUUUCGCUGGUGGUUGACGUUUUUAUGUACUCCAAGAAACCACGAUGGAAUUCCCUUUCAACGUAAACGCUAUUUUCCAAACAAGGAUUAGUAUAAUUAAACGGGACCUACUGCCCCAAGGAUUCUCGGGCGAUGCCCGUGCUGCAUGGAAAUGUGCAUCACAGGUAUCAGAUAUUAUAGAUGUCAUGGGAUUGGCUUCAGCUCGAGCACAGGGACUUCAAAAAGCUAUUACCACGGGUGACAGAUUAAGAUCUUAUGAUCACACAUUAUAUCUUCUUGUAAAUUCUGAAGGAAAUGGUGGAAAAGGGGUUGUUGUAGGACUUCUGAAAAUGGGAAGAAAGAAAUUGUUUGUCUUUGAUGUAAAUGGCCAGCAUCAUGAAAUGGAACCACUUUGUGUUCUAGAUUUUUACAUACAUGAAUCAAUGCAAAGGAUGGGAUGUGGAAAACUCUUAUAUGAGUUCAUGUUACAGGAAGAACACAUCGGACCAGAGCAAUUGGCGAUUGAUCGACCUUCUGAAAAAUUUUUGGCUUUCUUGCAUAAACAUUAUCAUUUAUCAAAAAUUAUACCUCAAGCUAAUAAUUAUGUAAUUUUUGAAGAGUUUUUCUCUAACCAUGCAGAUGUUCCUGUACUGCCUGCAGUUACCUCUACCUCUGUACAAUCCCAGUGGAAGAGUCAAUUGGUCAGUGGAUCAUAUGGAAAAACAUGGUAUGGCUCAGCUGAUGACAUAAACAGAUUUUCACAAAGUAGUCCAUCAUUGCAAAGAUUUGGUGCAAGAAAACCCUCAUCAUCCGUUGGCAUUUUAUUACGUCAUUCGCUUCCAGAUCAUACUAAUGGAAGUAUAGUUGCAGCUAAAAGUGCUCCUUUGAGUUCAGGUGAUAAUGCAUCGAUUGGUGCCAGAAGUAUUACAAGGGAAUCUUCAUGUGCAGCUACUGUGAUUGUUGAACCAAAGUCUGUUAAAUCUCUCUCGCCUGUUUCUCUUACCUCUGUAGGGCAAGAGCAUAAUCAGUCACCUGUGAAAACUGAUUUGAAAUUUCGUCACACUCCUCUGUGGUAACUCAGUGACCUAAUGGGAUGGGCUUGUUAUUUAUUCUUUAUGCAUAUUUAUGAUGCGUGCGUAAUUGUGCAUAUCAAAUGUGCGCAGUUUAUAAAUGUGUGUGAUAUUAUUUUCUCUAUCUUCAAAUUGAAUACUGUUUUAUAAAAAUACUCAGAGAUAUCUAAUUAAUUUAUGUUGAAACAAUAAAAUAAUUUUGUUAAAAUUUU